AUGAUGAUCCUUUGCUCCUUCCAACAUUGCCUCUGUACACAGAAGCAUAUUCCAAACUGCUAAAUUGUCAUCAUGCCAAUAAAGUGUCGAAUCUUGCAUGCCGCUCGAAUUUGAAUCGUGAACAGCUCGCUGAGGGCAGUCCUGCCCUGGCAGCGGUGACGUCACCGAGCGCUGAGUUGGGCAGGAGCGAGAGAUCGCUGCGGACGAAGGACCGGGAGAGCAACGAACGGCUCGCUAAACGGGAUUUUCCACCACCUUCUUUUGCAUGCAUCCACUCCGAAGCUGGUCGGGAUAAAGACCGUCUCCGUCUGCACCCCUUCUUUUCACCCGAACUGUCCAGAUUCAACCUGUAAAGAGGGACUCCAUGAAAGAUGUCAGAGGAGGCGAUUGUUAUUGCCAAGUGGGACUAUACGGCACAGCAAGACCAGGAACUUGACAUUAGGAAAAAUGAGCGACUGUGGCUCCUGGAUGACUCGAAAACGUGGUGGCGAGUACGAAAUGCUUCCAACAGAACGGGCUAUGUGCCAUCCAACUAUGUCGAACGCAAGAACAGUCUGAAGAAAGGCUCUCUGGUGAAAAAUCUCAAAGAUACCCUUGGCCUGGGAAAAACUAAACGCAAGACGAGCGCACGGGAAGCCUCUCCCACACCCAGCACAGAUGAGUACUCAUCUAAUGGAGGUGGGGCCGAACGAAUCUAUGACCUGAACACCCCAGCAGUGGUGAAGUUUGCAUACAACGCUGAACGGGAGGAUGAACUCAGCCUGGUGAAGGGUGCCCGGCUGAUGGUGAUGGAGAAAUGCAGCGACGGCUGGUGGAGGGGCAGCUAUAACGGUCAGAUGGGCUGGUUUCCCUCCAACUACGUCCUGGAGGAGGAGGUCGAGGACACCUCGGUCGACGUCCCCGUCUUCUCCUCACCGCCGGGCCUCAGUAAUGGACAGGGCCCCAGGGUCCUUCAGACUGUUCAGACACUCUACCCCUUCAGUUCCGUUACAGAGGAGGAGCUGAACUUUGAGAAGGGUGAGACGAUGGAAGUGCUGGAGAAGCCAGAGAAUGACCCAGAAUGGUGGAGGUGUAAGAAUUGCCAUGGGCAGGUGGGUCUGGUGCCAAAGAACUAUGUGGUUGUACUCAACGACGGUCCGUCAUCGACUGCCUCAGGCUCCCACUCCCGGCAAAACAGCCACACAGGGCCCUCCCACACAGUGAAGUUUGCAGGAAAGGACUGGUACCAUGGCAACGUGACACGGCACCAGGCUGAGCGCGCUCUAAAUGAGAGGGGGGUGGAGGGAGACUUCCUCGUGCGAGACAGCGAGUCCUCUCCGAGUGACUUCUCUGUUUCUCUUAAAGCAGCUGGGAAGAACAAGCACUUCAAGGUGCAGUUGUCCAAUGGGGUUUACUGUAUCGGUCAGCGCCGUUUCAAUACAAUGGAUGAACUGUUAGAGCACUACAAGAAAGCUCCCAUCUUCACUAGUGAACAUGGAGAAAAGCUUUACCUUGUCAAACCCCUCCAAUGACCUUCCACACAAAAAAAUUAGCCUUAGGACCAGACCUGACUGGACCAGACCAGAUCAGACCUUGCAUUGAGCCAAGUGUUAUCUACAAAUCCUGCUUAACACUCAUUUCUCACCAGCAACCAGAGGUUGUUUUUUGUUUUUAUAGAAGAGACUUACCAAGUACCAACUCAAACAAUGGGGGUUACUUCAGGAUUUAAUGCUACUUUGCAGAUUUAGAGAAAUGGUGCAAUGUGUCUUUUUUCACUGAGGUAUCCUUUCUUUUCCUGCAUCUCCAUACUACUACUAGCACUGGCAUUCUUCGUAAGAAGGGUUUGUAAAAAUGAACAUUGCCUUUUCUAACUUGCCUUGGCAAACAGCCCAUUUUCUAGCCUUUAUCUGCAGAAACGAUUUCAUCAGCACAAUCCUCAAAUCGUCACGAAGCAAGCACUGGUCCUUAAGAAGACUACAGACACAAAGGAAUUACAGGAAACUGUAUGUACAUAGGAGUUGCCAAAGAAAGAGUUGAUGACAGACAGAAUGGUACUAGUCGCACCCUGGUGGAUGAAAUGGGAAAUGCCAACAUGAUGGUCUUGAUAAGAUGAAUGUUUUGUAGAUGCUUAACCAAAUGUGCCAUCCUCACAUUCAAGCACUGCUCAUCUGAUAUAUAAGAGAACUAUAUUAACCUCAUUCCGAUUCACUAUUUGUACCAACAUCAACAUGUUGGCAUAGACAUAUUACAGCAAACACUGUUAGAAUUUCUGUUUCAAAAGGGCACCUUUCGAAGAGAAUGGUUUUGUCUAUUUACAAAUGAAUCCAUUGAUCGUUUAGUUUCUGAGCUUUUAUCAAAGUUCAAUAUGUCUGUAUGGUACUGAGCAUUAUUAUUUAAAACCAUGUUUAUUUAACGGAAAGAAAAGUGCUACAGAGGAGGAAAAUGUAGUGAGCUCCACAUCCAUGAAAGCUGUGCAAAAAUGUUGAAGUACUUUUGUUUAAUUAAACAUUUUGCAAUUGUAAUGGCCAAGUAAUGUCAUUUUAUUGUUCCUGGGGGUCAUGUUAUAUUUCUUGUAUAUUUCUUUGUUCGGAAUGGAGUGCUAGUGUACUACAGUAUGUACUGCACUGCACACUAUACUAUUUUUUUUUUAAAUAACACGUGGAACAGUAUGCAGUAUGGAACGCUAAAGGUUUCAAACAGUAUGCAACAUUGUCUCCAUCACCUCACGCAUGUUUAAUUUCAGUGAAUGGAGUUGAGUUAGCAAUGCUUGCAUAAAGUAUGUAUCAGUUCUAAUACAUUAGCUGGAACUCCUCUCUUGGUUUUACCUCGCGCUCUGUCUGUCUAUGUGUGUGUCUGUCUGUCUGUCUAUCUAUCUAUCAUCUGUCUGUCUGUCGUCCCUCUGUCUAUCUGUCUGUCUGAGACCGAGGAUUGAGCAGGUUAUGGAGCUGGUCACAAUUGAUCCCAAGGCGUUUCUGAGCCUGGAUCCCCACGAUGAUGACUGUACAUGUGACUCAUUGCCCUGGUUUGGAGCUUCUCCCACACUUUUAUAAACGAUUAUGGUCCAAGGUGCCUACUGCAUUGAGGUCAUCGUCUGGAGCACCUGGUAAUGUGGUGGCUUGAUGCUCUUCUGAGAGUGGGCAGAGGUCUGCGCUUGUGCUUCUGAUGUGAAGUCCACAGUUGAAUCAGGGAAUCUGUUGAAUCUGUCCUGAAAAUCUUAGUGGCAGAGUCAGGCGAUGGCACGUCAGAGCUCUUCUCUCAAAUGGCUUCGAUGAUGGCGUCAGGUGUCGCGUCAGCUCUGUUCUGGGUGUUUCUUUGGCCAUUGUUCCAGGACAGAGCGACUCUCAAAAGCCUUUUGCCCACAGUGUGGCUGUUCUUAAACAAAAAAAGCCUUGCUGGUAUCAUCACGGAAGGAGAAGGUGACGAAUCCAUAACCCUUGCUCCCAUCUCCAUCACUAUAGCCCUAGUGAUGCUCCCAAAUGAACAGAUCAAGGUGUGGAGCUCCUCGCUGCCCACGCGCUACGGCAGAUUCUGGACAUACAGACUCAAUCCAGGGUGACUGAUCUUGUUGUCCCUCUCAGGACUGGCCAGUCGCUGGCACCACAUAAUUCUCAUGGGCUCACCCAAGAGGUGCUCAAGCAUCCAAGUGUCUAAUGCUUGUGCAGCAUUGGCCUGGAGCACAAAGCUGACGACACCAUUCCCCAGAGGGCGGUUAGUCACCCUGCAUCUUCACAACCGCACAGCACUGAUGGGACCAGCUGGGCUGUAGGUGGUAACCUGCAAGUCUUUGGUCACAUUUGGGUCAGCCCCUGGUUUAUGGUCCUUUUAUAGCCUGAAAAAUUCUAAAUGAACAUCUACACUAUGACAUUACAGUAAAAGUGCCAUUCUGGUAAUGUAUGUUCAAUACAUUCAAUACAUCAUUAAAGAAAAAAACUACUUUAAGUUCAGAUAAAUUACACAUUAAAAUGAAUUAAACCUUUGAAAAUAUAUUUCAUAUGUUAAUUAACAUUUAGCAAGUUAUUAUGCUUAUUCACCCUAAAACAUCACAAUUAGGGUGAUUCACAUAAUACUAAAAUAAAACCAAAAACAGACAAAAAUAAUCAAAAAUAAAUCAGGCCCUAAAUAAUGUCAUAAAUUAUUACAUUGAAAAAUAAAAUGAGUAAAUACAAGCCUUUAAAAAAUAAAAUUGGUAAACAAAAGCCUUUAAAAUUGUUAAUGUUUGUUAAAAGUUCAGUUAUCUUUUUUUUUUAUUUUUAUGAAACACUACAGUCUUAUAAUGGGAAAGAAACAGGCAACAUUUAAUCUACAAUACCCUUCUGGCAGUAAGUGGGACCCUGAAUUCACUGCCUAAUAAUGGGGCUUGAAAACUGAAGACUUCUUUUGUAGAUGAUCUUUUGUUACAUGAGGUAUCUCAAAAGAUUCUGGAUUCUGGAAGAGGUACUGUACAUAAACCUUGGGAGUCUAACCAUGUUACCAUAGCAUUAACAAUCACUGACAAAUGGAGCAGCCUCCAGCUCUCAAUAUUUGAUUUGAUCAAACAUACAUUAAAAAGUCAUAAUCAUUUGAUUAGAUGAAGAUAUGUAAGAUAAUCUUUAACUUUAAUUGGCAAACGUAACAUCAGAGCCCUUUU